ACAGUGUGUGGUCCGUUUCCAUCAACACCAGCCAGCUUUUGUUACCUUGCAGUUUGGUGUCUCAUCUCUCCUAUUUUCCAUGGAUCCCCACUCCACUUCGUGGUCUGGUCUUCGCAGUGAUUUGCUCCUCAACAUUGCCAAUCGCCUUGAUUCUCGUAUCGAUCGUCUUUGCUUCCGUGCCGUUUGCUAUUCCUGGCGAUCCGUUCUCCCUACGCCGUCCCGGAGGUCCGCUUCUCCCUCUCCGCCUCUCAAGCUUCCCUUCCCAAUGGGUUCCAACCCUCAUCGGAAUCGCAGACGACGUGGUUACUUCAACCUGGUCGAGUCCACUGUCUACUGCAUUCAACCCCUCAAGAAAAUUUCAGACACUUGGAAGACUUCCAAGUGCUGGCUCAUUAGGAUUGAGGAGACCAAGGAGCCUGGCAAGGUUCGCCUCAUGGAUCCUCUCUCCCGGCUUGAAUCUGAGAACCUGUCUCCGCGUCUUCCUAGAGGCUUGAAUCUCCUUGACUAUAGGGCUUCCGAGAUAACUAAGGUUUACGAUCUUCGAUUUGUGGGCAAUAGUAAAAUACCUGAAUUAGAUUUUCCUGAAGUUUUAUCUGUUCACGUUAUGAAAGUGGCUGUGUGCUCUGAAGGUGCUGGUUUUGCGGUUAUGGCCAUUGACACUGCUGGCCAGUUGAGUAUUUGGAGAAAGGGUGAUAAGAAAUGGAAUCGUAUAAGCAAUGGCCGGGAAGGCGCUUUUUAUAAUGAUGUUGUUUACCAUAAUGCGAAAUUUUAUGCUGUGGAUGACUCCGGUUUGACUAUCUCGGUAGAUUUGUCAUUGAAAAUCACACUAGUUACCCCAGCAAUGACUCGUCCUGGUUAUAAUAGACACAACAGUCUAGCAAAGCGCUUGGUGAGUUCUCUUGGCGAUUUAUUCCUCCUAGAUAGGGACUUUGAUCCUGAGAAUGAAUUUCUUGCGGGCUUUAAUUCUGAUUCCGACGAGGAUGUUCUCCCCACUUAUUUUCAUGUUUAUAAACUGAAUGAGGAGAAACGCAAGUGGGUUUCGGUGAAAAGCUUGGGAAAUAGAGUUAUGUUUGUUGGCGAUCAUUGCACUUUCUCUGUUUCAGCUCAAGAAUAUCGUGGGUGCAAGAAGAAUUGCAUUUACUACAACGAACGUGGCUCCUUUUGUGGUGAUCUCGUUGAAUAUCAUCCCGGCGGUGAUGCUGCAUUGUUUGACAUGGAUGAUUGUUCUGCUAAGAUGCUUUCAGGAGUCUUUAGCUAUUCUGGACUUUUCUGGCCUCCACCAUCGUGGAUUGUGACGGGUGUUGCAACUAGGUGAACUAGCUGUUUAGACAGUUUUCGCAUUUUGGAAGACGCUGAAGACGCGCAUGCAGGUGGCAGAUGGGUCCUUUUUGUGUUUGAAUUAGCGAGGGCUACUUUUUGUUCUUGUGAUGCUGUGCAUAUUUGCUGAAUUCUAUGUUCUGUUGGUGCUGCUUGUCUUAUGUAAGAUGGUGUUUUUGGGAGUGACUUUGUAUAUCUAUUGUAUGUAAUAGCACAUGAGUAUUUAUAACUGGUUUGCUGAUUUUCGUUUUCUCUA